GCACUGAUCAAGUUUCGAACAUUUGUGUCGAAUGCUUGCGAGGAACAAGUCACCAGUGCAGGGAAAUCGGAACCUCGACGAUUAGCGAGCUUGUCGGAAACUGAAUUAAGCAUAGAAAAAAUGGCGCCAAACGUUACAAGUACCCAGACCGGAGUGCUAUUCGAAGAGGACACACUCGAGGAGUCCGCACCGGCUCAACCGUCAAAGACGAAAUACGAGAUACGCAUCGUCUGGAGGAACGUAAUAAACUUCACGUUCUUUCAUUUAGGCGCCCUUUACGGAUUGUAUCUCGUCUUGACGUCCGCCAAACUAUUGACGACCAUUUUCGCGUUCUUUCUAUACAUAGGAAGUUUUCUGGGAAUCACCGCCGGCGCACACAGAUUAUGGUCACACAGAUCGUACAAGGCAACGUGGCCGCUACAACUACUCCUGAUGAUUCUGAACACCAUAGCUUACGAAGAUGCAGCGAUGGACUGGGCCAGGGAUCACAGAGUUCACCAUAAAUACAGCGAGACGAACGCGGAUCCUCAUAACGCGAAGAGGGGAUUCUUUUUCUCGCACAUUGGCUGGUUGUUGUGCCGAAAACAUCCGGACCUAAUUGAGAAAGGGAAGGGGAUCGACAUAAGCGAUCUGAAAAACAAUUCCAUACUUACGUUCCAGAAAAGGUACUACAGAAUUUUGAUGCCCCUCCUGUGUUUCAUCAUGCCGACUGUUGUGCCGGUUGCGUACUGGGGUGAGUCAUGGACGAACGCGUUCUUCGUCUCUGGUCUCCUGCGCUACAUUAUCACGGUGAAUUGUACGUGGCUGAUCAACUCCGUGGCGCAUCUCAUUGGGAAUAGACCGUACGACAGAAAUAUCAAUCCCUCCGAGAACAAGAUGGUGUCCAUGCUGGCAGCAGGCGAGGGAUGGCACAACUAUCACCAUGUGUUCCCGUGGGACUACAAAGCGGCCGAAUUGGGCGAUUACAAGUACAACAUAACGACCGGUUUCAUCGAUCUUUGCGCGAUGCUCGGUCUGGCUUACGAUCUGAAAGUGGUCCCAAAACACUCUGUACAGAAACGAGUGCAGAGAACCGGCGACGGUAGCCACGACGUUUGGGGUUGGGGCGACAAGGAUCAGACGCAGGAAGACAGGGAUCAAACGGUGGUGAUGCAUAGUCAGAACAAGGAUCGCCAGUAAUGUGCCGCGAACUAGCCACGAUCCAUUCACUCGUUCGAUCAACGCCGACCAAUUCUUUGUAUAUUUCAAUGGACAUGGGACGGAUCGAGAUAUCUGAGAAUCAAUCAAAACAUUUUGGGAUAACACUUAUGUGAGAUUCGAAGGGGUUUCGUCAAUCAAGAUGUGAAGUGUAACAUAGAAAUAAAAUGCAUUUAACUCGGUAUAAAAUAAUAUUAAAUAAUAACUAAAAGAAAAUAAAACUAAGAAUAAUAGACGAUGAAAUGCAGCAAUAUCUAAGAUCGUCAUAUUGACCUUUAAACAAUUCAUGGGAUUAAAUAAUUUGUUGCCGAGUGUCUACUUAUUUAAGAGAAACUACUAUUUUGUUAAAUUGUAAUUACCGCGUUUGAUCAAUAAAAAGUGACGAAA